AACUACGACAACUUUUUCGAUGCGAAUAAGAAAAUAUAUUAAUGAUCGAACGUAAAAUAAUAGUUGUUUAAAUAAGUUUAUUAUUAUAUCCGUAGUCACAUGAUUAAAUAGUUUUUAUGAAAGUUUGGCGAAUUAUACUUGCUUUUCUAAUUGAUAUAAGUAAGGAAUUAAAGAAUUUAAAAAUAAGAUAAUAACUAAAUGAGCGAACCCCUCCAGUCAAAAGCAGGUUUCCAUUGGUUAACACAUUCAUUUGUGCUACGGAAGCCAGUCAAGAGGCAUAUUUCAUGCGGAUGAUCCGCAGCCGAUCUCUUUCAAGCUGACAGCAGAACAACACUACAUUCAAACGUUUGACGCGCGUGACUUAAAUGGAAAUGUCUCGCAGCAUGCAAGCAGAAUCUUGCAGUCGAAUAAUGUCUAUAGAAAAUGAAAGAGGUAAAAGGUUGCCUGUUAAAGGAAAGGCUAAGAAUCUAGGAAUGUCUGGCCUUACACACGAAUGUGGAGUUUUUGGAUGCAUAGCUGCUGGUGAUUGGCCUUCUCAAAUUGAUGUUGGUCAAGUUAUUUGUUUAGACAACAUGUUUAUAGGUUUGGUUGCCUUACAACACAGGGGCCAAGAAAGUGCUGGUAUUGUUACCAGUGAAGGUGUUUGUUCAAAGUCCUUUCAUGUUCACAAGGGUAUGGGAAUGAUCAAUAACAUUUUUAACGAUGAAAAUAUGAAGAAACUCUGUGGAAAUCUUGGAAUUGGUCAUACUAGAUACAGCACAAGUGCUGCAAGCGAAGAAGUCAAUUGUCAACCAUUUGUAGUUCAUACUGCACAUGGGGCAUUAGCAGUUGCUCAUAAUGGAGAGCUUGUGAAUACAGAAUCGUUAAGAAAAAUGGUAUUAGGUCGAGGUGUUGGCCUAUCAACCUACUCUGACUCUGAGUUAAUAACACAAGCUCUUUGCUUGAAUCCUCCUGAAGGUGAAGUUAAUGGCCCAGAUUGGCCAGCACGUAUAAAACAUCUCAUGCAGUUAGCACCAUUAUCGUAUUCGUUAGUAAUUAUGCAGAGGGAUAAGAUAUAUGGUGUUAGAGAUCCUUAUGGAAAUCGUCCAUUGUGCCUUGGAAAAAUUGUACCGAUUGGUAAUUUAGCAGGAGAUGAAUCAGACGAUGACGACGAAGCCGAAGGUUGGGUCAUUUCAUCCGAAUCUUGUGGAUUUUUAAGUAUUGGAGCACGAUAUGUGCGCGAAGUAUUUCCUGGAGAAAUAGUAGAGUUGACCCGUGAGGGUAUUAAAACUAUAGAUAUUGUUGAUAGACCAGAUAAAAAGCCGCAAGCCUUUUGUAUUUUCGAAUACGUUUAUUUUGCACGAAGCGACAGUAUUUUUGAAGGACAAAUGGUUUAUUCUGUUCGCAUGCAAUGUGGACGAGAACUUGCUUUAGAAUGUCCAGUGGAUGCAGAUAUAGUCAGUUCAGUACCUGAAUCUGGAACUGCAGCAGCACAUGGCUAUGCUAGACAGUCUCAAAUACCUUUUGCGGAAGUAUUGUGCAAAAAUAGGUACGUUGGCAGAACAUUUAUUCAACCUAGUACACGACUUAGGCAACUUGGUGUAGCAAAAAAAUUUGGAGCCUUGUCAGAAAACGUAAAAGGAAAAAAGUUAAUUCUUAUUGAUGAUUCAAUUGUUAGAGGAAAUACUAUUGGGCCUAUUAUUAAAUUACUUCGUGAUGCAGGAGCAAAAGAAGUUCAUAUUAGAAUAGCUUCUCCUCCAUUAAAAUAUCCGUGCUACAUGGGAAUAAACAUACCAACAAGGGAAGAACUAAUUGCAAAUAAAUUAGAUAAUAUAAAACUAGCAAAACAUGUUGGAGCUAACAGUUUAACAUACCUCUCAGUGGAUGGACUUAUUAAAGCUGUAAGAUUUGGUAUGGAUAAUCGAGAAAGCAGUUACAUUGGUCACUGUACUGCUUGUUUAACCGGAGAUUAUCCCGAUGAACUUCCUGGUGAUUUGGAUUGGUGAAAUAAUGAACUGUACUUACAAAUCUAUAGACAGUGAUACAUUAUUAAACUAUGUACUAUCAACAUUAUCUAUUAUCAUAUCACAACCAAAGCCACAUAACAAGAUCUAAUUUAAUGUAAUUUAAAAUUUUGUUGUACAUGUCAGCUCAGCAUAUAAUAUCAAAAAUAAUUCAGUAUUUCGACAAAUAACUUAAAUAGU